AUGGGGUCGGGGCUCAGCUCGGGGCUGCCGACCCCCCCGCCGCUCGCCGCCGCCGCCGCUCGCCCAUGCUGCGCGCUGCGGGGCGGCGCUGGGCGCUGCGCGGGGCGGUGCCAGCGCGCCCAACCCCGCGGCAUCGCGGCGGCGCCGCCGAACGGCUGCUGCUCUGAGCGGGGUUCCGGCCCACGGCUGCCCGCCGUUACCGGGGGCCACCGGGGCCGGCUGCGGGAGUCCUACGGCCCCUCCCCGGUCCUUAGGGAGGGUCUUUGCAGAGGGUCCCCGUGCAGGGUGGCUGGUCCCCAGGGUCUCCAUGCACGGUACCCGGUCUUCACGGGGGCCAUAGAGAGUCCCCAAGUGGGGGGUCCCUGGUCCCCAAGGAGGGGUCUCUGCAGAGGGUCCCCCCCCAUCCACAGCAGCCCCAGGCAGAGCUGCGUGCCCCACAGCGCCGGGCUGCUGGUGGUCUGCCACCUGUGGAGGGGGUGGGCAGGGCUGGGGUCUCUGUGCCUGGGCAGGGAGCACAGUUACCAUUCGUCCUUGCUUUUUUCCCCGUUUUUCUUCUUUAAACACCCAGAUCACGCAGGAGAGACGACAGCACACUGCGUGGAUGGGCCGUGGGCUCCCUCCCCAGCUCGCCCCUGGCCUCCUCAGACCCUCAGCCCCCAGCAGAUGCCAAUGUGGGAUGUUUUCUCCCACGUUCAGCCCUGCACACCAGGGCUGCUCCUUGCCAGAGAAGUGGACUUGGCCGCCCGCCUCCUUCCUGUAUCUCAGCAGGGUGAGUCAGUGCCUCGCCGUGCCCAGCGCCAGCUCUGCCCGCAGCAUGGUCACCGCCGAGCCGGGACGCCGGGGGGGGGGGCAUCCACUCUGCCCUUUUCUCUGGCUGAAAGGGAGUUUCCAGUGUCUGUGGCAUGUCCCGUUCCCAAUGCGUUUGUCUCACUGUCUGGAUGACUAAAGAUAACUGGGUAUUGUUUGUGUCCCAGCUCUGUUUUGGCUACUGUUGCUUUGCUGUCCCCCCUUGUCUCCUGGGAGCUCCUGCUGCCCAAAACUGGUUUUGUCCUGGGGACCCGGUGCCCGCACCCUGUGCAUUUGCCCAUAGCUACUGGCAUCAGCUCACGCACGUGGCAGUGGUUCCGGGGGAUGAGCUUUGCUCAUGUGAAAGUUUAUCCUUAUCCAAAAAACACCCUCAACCCUCCCUGACAGUUUCCACCUGAGCGUGGGAUGCCGGCACUGUGGUUUGGCCCUGGAGAGCUGGGGGGGGGCGCCAGGCUGGUGUAGCAGGAGGCGGGGCUCGGUCUCUGAGGGGCUGCAGGAGUAAAUUUCUGCUGGGUACCUGCGGGCUCCGGUUCACGCACAGCUCUGUGGGGUCUGGCAUGGCCUCCGGGCAGCAUCACCCGUUCGCCACUGUCCCUGCUGACCCCCUGCCCUGCCCUGCCCUGCCGGCGGGGAGGCGAGGAAACAGGGCCGGGGAAUUAGCUCAGGUCUCUGCUAUGUGACAUGUCUGUGUCAAUUGGCACCAGUUACUACCACGAGGCGUGGAGGCUGUUUCUGUGCAUGAGUCCCCCGAGCACCCCGAGUUCCCUGGGGCUCGCUGCAGCCUGAGUCCCCACCGUGGGAACGGUGUGUGUGGGUGCCACCCGUGCAGAGUGACACGCUCCCAGGCCCCCCGCUGCUGCGGCCCCUCCAUCUUGCCUUCCUGGGAGGGGGCUGGAAGGGCAGUGAUAUCAUCGGCAUGGAGCCUGACUCAUCCAGGCUCUUCAGCACAAGCCGUGCCGCUCAGCGGGGCACCCAUUUUAUUCCAAUUAAACGAACGCAGGCAAGCCAGCUCCACAUAAUGAUUUUUUUUUUUUUUCGCUCAUGGCCAAGCGUGCCUGCCCCUGGCCAAAAGGUGAGAAGGGACAGAGGUGACGCUGAAGACGGUGGAGAGCCUCCACUUCUGGUAGGGAGCCCUAAGAUUAAGCCUUGCCAAAUAUCUGCAGGGUCUCCCUCGGCUGUUCCCAGCCUCCCUUGUGCCUCCAGCACAGGCUGAUGGCACUGUCUUGUGUCAACAGCCCUUGCCCUAACCGCAAAUGCCCACGUCCUUGGGUGGUGUCCCCUGGAGAUCCGGGUCACAAGCUCAGGUAGGAAUGAUGCCUCUUCUCCUCUCCAUGACACAGAGCUCAGCUCCUGCCAAAAGUCCCCAGGGGAGCCAGCAUCAAAGCGCACCCGUCAGCGGGAGGAAAUGUAACGUGACUUGUUCCCCCAGCCCUUCCCGCUCAGGUUUAUUAGAGAUUUGGGAGGUGAGUCAGGGAGCUGUGGGCUGUGGAUGGAGCUGGGGAGGAGCUGGCUGCUCAGGGAAAGGUGAACCAGUGCCAGGCAGGUGAAUCACUUGCUGGUGAAAAAUAGAUCUUAUUCUCUAGGAGGCGUGCGUGGACGGGGCUGAGAGUGAGCUGCAGCUUGACUCCAUCAGUAAAUUGUGGAGUCAAGAGAAAACCAGGACAAGGCUGCUUUCCCAGUAAAUGAGGCGAUAGAUUGCAGGGGAGCAGCCCGCAGCUGGCAAGGCUCCAGUGACCCGCAGUCCUGCGGCUCCCUUAAAAGGGGCGAUUUUUAGCCUGGGACAGCGGGGAGACAGAAAAGCCAUAAACACCCUCGAAGGAAUGUGGCUGCUGAGCAAUGAGCAUCUCGGCAGGGACGGGGAGGGAGGCAAGGCGGGGGGAGCCGGGCAGUGCCGAGGUGCCGCCUGGCCGGGGUUCACAGCACCGCUCCAUGCCAGGAGCCGGCUGACUCCUUGGCCAUGUCCUGCCCGGAGGCAGGGGAGCCCAGUCCUGGCUCUAGUGGUCCCUGUGUGGUGCCAGGGGGAGGCUCCUGACAAGCCCCGGGGGUGUCGCAUCCCUGCAUCCUCAGGCUCCACACCAUGCAGACAUCCCCAAUGGCCAGCUGCUGGCAUGGGAGCUGGUAGAGCUAGGAGGUCAUGUGUGGGCAGCAGGACACCCAGCCCCAGCCCUUGGCGAAGAAGGGGUACUCCUGGAGCACCUCUGCAGCCACCUGGGCAGAGCGAGGAGAGCUCCUGCAUCAGGCUGGGGUGGGAGCAGCCCCCUGCCAUCUGCUCUUGCCUGCUUGCCCCACAGUUUGGGCAGCUGGCUCCUUCCCAGUCAUGCUGGUAACCAUGCUCAGCCACUGGGCGUUUGCCCCUGGUAAACCCACCAGCCCCGCUGGACCCCACAGCGCCUUUUUAUCGUUCUGCAUCAAGGGAGAUGACCAAGGCCAUGCAGCAUGUCAGUGGCAGAGCUGGGUUCACCCACUCCAGCCCUCCCUGGCCAGUGACCCCCUUCGCUGAAGGGACUGGGCCAGCCUGGCUUUGAGAACCAGCACCAUCAGGAGGCCAGGAGCCGCUUAGGGCUGGCUGGUACCGCUCUGCAAGGACAUUUGCAGAGCCCAUGGAGUUGCUUUGGGUAACAAGAGCUGCGGAUGGGUAAAGGACAGUUGCUUCUGUUGGUGACCACCACGUACCCUGCAUGUUUGGGCAAGGUGGGCAGGGGGUCCCCUGCUCCCCCAGUGUCCUCUUUUCUCCGUAGGACAGUACCUUAUGCACCUGCCUGUCCUGGUCCCCGAGGCAGACCUGUAGGCAGGCAAAGCCGGGGUGCGGGCUCCUCCAGAUGCCCUGCACCAGACAGGGGCUGAGGUGCGGCUCCGCGCUUGCUGUGCACCCCAGGAAAUCCUCCACCUGUAGGUCCUCCACCCUCUUCUGCCGGCCCCCGGGCAGCGCUGUCAGGGAGCCUUGCUGGAAGUGGGGCAGCGUGAAGGCCGUGCUCGCCAUCGGCAGCAGCAGGGACCAGAACUCACCAGCAAGGGAUGGGGUUCGGCGCUGCCAGUACGCGACCACAGGGCAGAGCGGCCGGGAAUAGACCAACGCAUGGGAUGGUCCCAUGGGAGACAGCAAGAUGGAGGCAGAAAGGAUGGACACCCCAUUGCCUCCCAACUCAGUGAGCAAGGAGCUGAGCCACGUGCUCCCUGCACCCUGCCCCGCAACCGGGACCCCUCACCAGCAUGGACAGACCCUUCCCACCUGGGCAAGGGGUCGGUGCAGCCCUUACCUCCUCGCCAGGCUGAGCCAGAGGGUGCGGGAGCUCGUCCCGUCUCCUGCGCUGUGCCACAGGCACUGAGCACUGUUGGAGAAGGUCACCCCACAGGGUAGCAUGGGAGGCUGCUUGCACAGGCGCUCCCGCUCUCCCUGCCACCUUUCGAAGCAGCCGCAGGAGAGGAGGGGGGAGCCCGGCCAGGUACGCGCUGCAGCCCCUCGUCCUGGGAAACCUGAACCCAUGGGGUGGGAAGAGGGCUGGAGCUGGAGGCGGCUGGGAACACAGGACUGGUGGGUUGCAGCCUUCCCCAAGGUGACUCCACCGAUGCUGCUAUGUGGGGAUCCAGCAGAACAGAGGGUGGCACUGGGAAAUUGCCCAUGCAGCUGGUGCCGUGCAAGCGCUGGGCAUCCCGAUGUGGCUUCAGCCCCAUGGCCAUCUCAGAAGCCCAGGGUCCCGAGACCCCCCUGGGCCCUGCUCAGCCACAGGGGAGGUGAGAGGAGGAGGAGAGCCAAAAACACCACCUCCAACCCCUGACAUUUAAGGCACAUGCUCUGCCUCUGGUUUGUGGUUAAGCACGGCUGGGUGAAAACGCCUUCCCUGACUUGGCAAAGUGCUGCUCACAGUCAUCUCGGUACCGCGAGCAGGGGAUGGCAGCGAGGAUGUACACCGAGACGGUGAUGUGGGACAGACUGUCAGACUGCGGGCAAGCACUGGCAAGGUCCUACAGCCUCAGCUCAAAGGCAUCGAGGGAUCACUGGCAUGGUGCUGAGGAGAAGACAGGGCUGUGAGAGAUGCCCAGGGCCAGAAGCAGUGCAGAGGAGAAGAGGAGCUGAUGACGUACCAUGCAAGCCUUCGGUGUGUGUUGGGCACAUUGGGCACAGCCAUGUCCUACUGCCGCCUGCAUCCAGAGGUCGGAUGGGGAUGAAUUCCACCCCCCACAGCCGUGUGUGAGCUGGAGGAAGUUGGGAGAGUGUGGGAUGGCUCUCUGGCUGCUCGUGGGAUGAUGGAAGAGUGAAGGAGAUGGUCCUCGCCCCGUGGAGCUGGCCCUACGCCCUGGCCCUUCUGCAGCUUGGAGCUGCUCCGAGAGGAGGUGGUGAGGAGUGGACGGGGGGCUGGCAGGUCCCCUCUGCCCACCCCAGUGUCCUGGGCUGCCCCGUGUCCCCUUCCCUGGGCCCCACAAGGGGGUGUCGGGAGCUGAGGAGAAGGGGAAGCCGGAGCUGCCCCCUUGGGACUGCAGGGCUGGGGGUUGCACUCGGGAGGGGGAACCCCACUCCCAGGUGAGCCUUGAGCUGUGUCACCCUCCCAGGCUCAUCUCUGAAGGGGAAACUGGGAUUGUAACUGCUCAGCUGUGGGAACUUGUGACCAAGGAAUGCCCUGGCGUGGAGGGCAAGGCGGCCCAGCAGCAGAAGGGGCUGCGCUGGCCGGCAGCAGGGAUGGCAGAAGCAGCAGGAAUCCCUGCAAGGGAGGGGGUUUUCCCUCGGGGAGGAGAGCAGAGGCAGCCCCAGCACUGUCCUGCAGCCAUCUCGGGCUGGGGGUGCUCAGGAGCCCCAUUUGGGCAGCAGAGCUGGGCUGGGGGAUGGACCCAUGGCCGGGCUGAGGUGCCCCAUGCCACCACUGAGGGAUGGGUGCUGGGACAAGUGGGGAUAAGGGAUCUGCUGGUGACACAUCUCUGGGGAUUCGAUGAAGAACCAGUGAUGGCGGCAGGACUCUGCCCAGCACCGUGUUCAUUCAUUUUAUUUUAUUUUUAAGCACAGAAGUGUGUUGAAUUUGCCUUGAGGGGUAACAAAAAUUCCCCAACAUUCCCCAUGGAUCUGCAGCCCAUGAAGGCAUCAUCCUCAUCCCCACUGUGUAGCUUGUCACUGGAAAUCCUGUUGCCAUGGCCCGUGUUCCAGCUGCAAGAGCCAGCCCCCGGCGACGGGCACAAGGAAUCCCCUGUGCCCUGUGCCCAACACUUACCUUCUGCCCCGCUCCUUCUGCCUUGAACCCGCAGCCCAGCCCUUCCUGCCUGAUCCCGACCUUUGAACCCACAGCCCUUCUGUCAUGCGCCUGGUGCCUUGAAACCACGCCCGAGCCUUUCCCGCCUGAUCCCAGCCUAUCAACCCACAGCCCUUCUGCCACGUGCCUGCUGCCUUGAGACAACGCCCCAGCUUUUCCCGCCAGAUCCCAACAUUUGAACCCACACCCCUUCGGCUCUUCCUUCCUUCCUGAGCCCAUCACUGUUGUCUCUCUACCUGCUGCCAUACCACUGGCAUCAUGAAGGUGCUGAAGAAGAUGCUUGCGCUGGCAGAGGUACGUCCCUGCUCCCCGGAGGUGGGCACCAAGCAGUGGUCGGGGGCCGGGAGCUUGUCUCGCCCUCUCCCCCCACCCCUGCAAGGCCAGGGGCUGGCAGAAGC